AUGGCACAAAACGGCGACUUGACGAGCCGGCGACAUUGCGCUGGCAGCCAGCCGAGUGUAGUGUACCUGGUUGUGCCUGAAGUACACCCCUUUAAAAAGCUCACAAGUCGUCGGAUCUAUUCCCCAACCGCGCCAGGACCAUCCACAGCUGAGACUAUAAUGGUUCAGAGACAUUUCUUCAAGGAAGCGCUCCCCUUCCGCAGUCAAAAUGGGCCUGCGCUCACGCUUCUCGGCUCCAUCUCCGCCACCCAUCUCCAUGCGGCCUUCGUCGGCGACUUCCCCGACGGCCGCGUCGACUUCGGGACGCUCGAGGGCAGCCUGGAGCACGAAAACCCAGUGAUGCUCAACUUCACCGUCCACGGGUAUUCCGGCAUCGUCACGUGUGUACUCCGCGACGACGCAAGCUGUCUCUGGAUCACGUUCAAGGACGGGACAAGCGAGUGGACGGAGCCACUGUUCUGCAUUCCGUAUGUCCGGCAUAUCUCUCCUGUGGAACACAGUUAA